CAUCAGUUCUUUGCUCCAUAUAUGAAAGCGAUUGAGGACAAGAGUGUUGGCGAGCAGCAGUUCAUCCUCCGAGUGCCCGCCAGCAUGGCUUCGCGCCUGGCAGAGUACCUCGACAAGAACACGCUCAAGGACAAGCUCUCCAUCACAUAUGCCGCCGCCGGUGAGGACACGCGACAGUUCAAAGUAACGUUCGACGGAGUGACAAUGGACGCCACUCUGGUCGAUCUCCCAACCAUCAUCGAGUCACAAAAGUCUGUGGACAAGAGGAACUUUUACAAAACGGCCGACAUUUGCCAGAUGCUCGUGUGCACGUCGGAGGAUCCAGAAAAAAAGAACGUGCAAGUCAUCUACCCUCACGGCCUGUCUGCGCCGCUCAAAAAUGUGCGCAAGAAGCGAUUCCGCAAGUCUGCCGCGUCCAAGCUGACCAACUCUUGGGAAGUCCAGACCGCAGUGGCCCGUCUGCUGCGCGACAACAUGCUGGCGUCUUCCGACACGUACGAACUUGUUGAUGUCACCGAGGAAACAGCGCCCGCGGGAGACGAGGAUGUCGAGCUCGUUUCGGACGACGAAGCCGAGGCAAAUGCUGUCGGCAGCGAUAGCGAAGAGGAAGAGGAAGAGAGUGACGAUGAAGAUGUUGAAGAUCGCGAAGAAGAGGAUGUUGAAGCUGACAAGGAAAUUAUGGAAGAUGAGUUCAAAGACAACACUGCCUCAAGCAGUGGACAACGGAUCGAUGUCGACGAAGAGGGCGCCGGCGACCAAGACUCGUCGUCGGAUUCCGAUUCGGACUCGUCGUCCUCCGACUCAUCCUCGUCUUCAGACGAUGAAUCCUCCACACAGGUCGCAUCGUCUACUCAAUCUACAGCUUCUGCACCCGCACCGCCCUCGAGCAGCUCGUCAGCGCCGCAACCCAUGCAGAUCGAAGUCACUGAAACGCCCGAGCAAGCUGCUGAGCGGCAAUCUCGUGCGGCUGCAAUCGAGGCGGCGACAGCGGAGGUUACGCGCCUCGAGACCCGAGUCGCAGAAGUUCGAAAGCAAUUGGCCGCGACAAACAAUCCACUAUUAUCAGCUCGUGUUCGCGCCUCCUUGCGUCAGGCCGAAGAGGAGCUCAAUUCCAAGACUCAAGCGCUCGAGUCUCUCAAAGCAGCCUCGCAGCCAUAGUUGAUUCGAUGAUAUUGAAGCGCGCUUGUACAUUUUUUUUUGUCUCGUCUACAGAGAAGUUUUCUUUGUCCUAAAAUGCUUUAGUUUUUUUUUUUGUUUUUUUUCCAACAACGAUAU